AUGUUCCCCUUGCAACAGACUCUGUCAUCUGCCAAUGGAGGAAAUCUGGACGCAUUGAACGCUAUCCUCGAGUACACCAAGACGCGUCAUGAAGAUCAUCGAGCAAUUCUUUACGUGUCCCUAAAGAUUCUCGCCCAAAUCCCCAUCCCGACAGAUCGCCAACUUCACCGCGAACCCGCCGUCCAAUGCGCCUUGGAGAUCUUGGCUCGGAUCUGCCACUCCACACCAAACGAUGCCCCUUUCAAAGCGAUACUCUUGGAGAAUCGGGCAGCAUACCUCCCUUGGAUCGCACAUAUCUCGCGUCACGGUCAACGAGGAUCAACGGAAUUGGCCCUUGCAGCGUGGUGCCUCUUCGAGGUCGUCACACUUGAUCCAGCUUUGAAAGCGACGGUCUUAUCCACAAAUGGGAUACCAAAUUCCAUUCUCUCCCUUUGGAUCAAAGGUCUCCCCCAGGUUGAAGGAUUGGUCCUCCUCGACUAUGAAUCGAACAUUAAGUGCCCAUACUUGUCGCUCGCAUACCACACCAUCCGAGAUCGAGAUCGAGACGACCCUGAAGACCACAUCACUCGAGCAAUCACGUCUCUGUCAAAGCGGAAACUCGACAGCCUUGGUUAUGCAACCCAGGCCAAAGUCGGUGCUAUCAUUGGAUUCUAUACCGAGAGGAAACUAGGUGCCAUUGCUACACUUUACCACCUAGUGGCGCUUCUCGAUGUGACGACACGCUCGCUUCAAACAAAGGCACAUUGGACUUCAAUCCUGGAGAAAGGGAACGUCCUGGGCGCUGUAUUUGAUGGCCUCAAUACGCUCACUGAGGAGGGGGGGAAUGAAGAGGCUUGGGACCUAGUUGUCUCCUGCUUCAAGUUCGUCUUUCCCUGGAUCCUCGUAGCAGGACCCUAUGACUCAAAGCCGCGAAUACUACUGCAGCAAAUCGUAGCCGGGGGGCGCUAUCUCAUCCUUUUUCGAUCGCUUCUCCACCUUCGACCCAGAACGCAAGCCUUCAACUAUGUCCUGGAAACGGUGGGGGAAAUAGGAACUUAUACCGUCAUCCCUUGCAUUAGCUCGUUGCUUUGGCCCUCAUUUGAGAAGCUCAACCAGAUCGUAUCGGAUAUCAAGGAGCGGACACCAUUUUUGGAGAGGAGAAUGGAUGGUUUCGUCAAUGUCGUGUUGUGCGGGCGCGUGAUUGCCUCUGAGGAUUACGCAAGGCUCGUCCCUGCCGGAUUGUGCGAUAACAUUCAGUGUCCUGGAUUAUUGGCAACCACGAAAACACGGCAAUGCUCCGCUUGCCGUUCCGUCAUUUACUGCUCUGAAGAUUGCCAGAUUGCGGAUUGGGCCCCACACCACCGUAGGGAGUGUAGAGUCAUCACACUUACACGUAAACGGCGCGAACUGCGAAUUUGGAUCCCUUUUUCGUUGAAGGGGAUCUAUCUCGGAUUUUUGGAGGACUCUUGCAUCUCUCACAGCGGAUCCAUUGAAUCGAAGGCGCAAUCGGAUUACCCCAACGCAUCCGUCCGCUCAUUGGUGACCAUGCUCAACUUUCGCGCGGUUCCUGUCCGAUUUAAAGUCUUCACGUUCGAAGAGUACCGAACUGUGGCUGCUCCAGUUCCUUCCCACCUUCAGCCUCGAAUCGAAGCAUUCAUCCAAGAUUGUCAAGAUGAUCCAGAGCUCGCCCUUAUCGAAACAACUCUGGCGCAUGGUCUCGUCAAGAUCAAUAUCAUUGCCAGGGCCAAGGGAUUCCCUCGGUCUUGCAGGAUUGUCGGCGCGAUAUUUUCUUUCUGGUGGGUGCAGACCUUGCGACUGAUGCUCUACGAAAACUGA